GUGCAAUUCUUGGCACGACUUAGUCGGCCCGUGCAGAGAUUAAAACACUACAGCACGUCUACUUUACACACCGAGUUGCUGACAUUGUUUUUGAUAGUCGUAGCAUACAAGCAUGGCAAAUACGGACGAGUUUAUUGACUGGAGUACGGUACAAGGUCCUAGCGGUGCUCUCUACCCUCCCAUUCAGAGUAAAUCAGAGUGGCAGAACUACAGACUUACAGAGCAGGAGCUAACAACAUUUGAGAGGGACGGAUACCUGAAUCAUGUGCGCGUGUUAUCAGACGAGCAGUGUGAUAGAAUUCUGGAGGAUUACAAAUACUUUCUGGACGAGACCCAGCCCCACCCCAACAUGGACCUCAUGUAUGAGUACCACAGGAACCAGACGGGUGACGUCAACAAUGUGCUCAUGCACGCGCUGGGCCACUGGAGAUUGACGUCACUGUUUCAUGACCUCAUCUACCUGCCCUCCAUCGUGGUCAAGGCCUCCCAGCUGUUGGUACCCGGAUCAGAGGUCAAGGUCCGCUUCUGGCACGAUCAGCUGUUUGCUAAACCUGCCAGGCAUGGCGGCGUCGUGGCCUGGCAUCAAGACUAUUCCUACUGGACCAGGACUACACCCAUACAGCAUCUAACUGUGCAUAUUGCCUUAGAAGACCAGACAGAGGACAAUGGAACCAUACAGUAUAUUCCUGGUUCACACAGGUGGACCAGAAACGGUGGGCCGCUCCCUGUCUUGGACUUUAACUUUAAAGACAUGGAAGGAAUCAGGACGAUCCUGACAUCAGAAGAACUGAGCCAGUUUGUCCCCGUUCCCGCCAAUCUGAAGAAGGGAGAGGCCAGCUUUCAUCAUGCUCUCUCGGUACAUGGGUCUUAUGAGAACAGAUCUGAUACGCCUAGGAGAACAGCCGUGUUAAAUUAUUUUGCUGAUGGUACCUUGAGCAACACCGACAGGGAGCUGGUUAAGGGCAGCUACAUACCAAAGGGAGAGAAAAUGGAAGGUCAGCUGUACCCUCUCGUGUUUGAUCCUGAUUGGUCAACAGCUGAAUGAACCGACCCAAUGAAUUUUGAUUGGAUGACUGUGCUCAUUACAUUCAUUAUGUUUAACUGUAGUACAGUAUUUUAACCACUUUACACAAGACUACAAACUACAGUUAUGUAAAAAAAAUACAGUAACAAAAUUGAUUAUUGUAUUUAGAAUUAAUAUAUUUCAUUCCUUAAGUUUCUGUAUGAGACAUGCCAUUGACGCAAACAACUUUUGAAACAGUACAAAAUAAAACUUGGGAAUCAUUGAAACAUAAGUCUGGAGUUUGUUGUUUUAAAAUUAAUCUUCAAAAAUGAUUAGUUUCCAUAUAACUAAAUUCAGAUUUUAGAUGGUCUGUUUUUUAACUGUAGUCAUGACACAUGUGCUGUUCUUAUAAUGUGUGGUAGAACACAAUGGCAUUACCCUAUUUUCCAGGUGAAAUA